AUGUCUAAAGUCAGCGCUACCCAAGUGAGAGAGAAUGUCAAGGAGAUCCUUAAGUUCUCCAACGAGACCAAGAAGAGAAACUUUUUGGAGACUGUUGAGUUACAGGUUGGUCUCAAAAAUUAUGACCCGCAGAGAGACAAGCGUUUCUCUGGUACUUUGAAACUACCACAAGUGCCAAGACCAAACAUGACCAUUUGUAUAUUUGGUGAUGCUUUCGAUGUUGACAGAGCUAAGUCGCUUGGUGUUGAUGCUAUGUCUGUUGAUGACUUGAAGAAGUUGAACAAGAACAAGAAGUUGAUCAAGAAGCUGGCCAAAAAGUACAAUGCUUUCAUUGCUUCUGAAGUUUUGAUCAAACAAGUGCCAAGACUGUUGGGUCCUCAGCUGUCCAAGGCUGGUAAGUUCCCAACUCCAGUCUCCCACAACGACGACUUGUAUUCCAAGGUUACUGAUGUGAAGUCCACUAUCAAAUUCCAGUUGAAGAAGGUUUUGUGCCUGGCUGUUGCUGUUGGUCACGUUGAGAUGGAGGAGGAUGUUCUUGUUACUCAAAUCAUGAUGGCCAUCAAUUUCUUGGUCUCCUUAUUGAAGAAGAACUGGCAAAACGUUGGCUCACUUGUCAUCAAGUCCUCUAUGGGUCCUUCUUUCAGACUUUAUUAA